AGUGACUGGAGGCUUAUCAACGGCCUCGACCACAGUGAUUCAAGUAUUUUCACAGGAGAAUGGUCGACCACCACGAAGAGCGGGACGACGACGUCCUGCAGCCAAUGUCCCGCGCAGAACUAGAGGCCCUUCGAGAUUUGUACGCCAAACACCUUCCCCAGGAGAUUCACUUCUACUUUUUGCUGCAGAACCAGCUGAGCUGGGACUCCAAACUGGACAGCUGGAGCGAGGCGGAGAAGCGGACGUUGAGCGUUCGUGCGUUCAUCCGGUUCUUCAAGCCGAAACGGGACGACGGAACAACGGGGACGUUCGUGGCGAUCAGCGAGGACGAAGAUCCGAACGUGUACUUUCAUUCGCUGAGGGAAACUCCCGAGCAGCUCGAGCGGUAUCUGGAGGACACGAGGCGGAUUAAUUGGGCAUGUCGGCCGGUGUUUUCCAGUUUCAGUGAUCCAUUUGCGACGAUGCUCGGUAAUGUCUUGAAGAGGUUCAAUUGUGGCUACGAGGUAUUGUCGGACUGUGCGUACUACCUUAUCGGAAAGGAGGAAGCCCUUCAAUUUCAAUACGAAGUUCCCCCAAAUUUGGUCCUGAAAAAGUUGGACACCUCGUACUCCGACCUCAUGAACGAACGUUGGCCCCAUCGAUACCCGAAUUCGGAGAAGUACAUCAGACUACUGGUACAGCUUAACGGAGGCCUUGGACUGUUCAACGCCGCCAACGACGACCUGGCCGGAUGGGUUCUGAAGAACGAAUUUGCUGGAGUUGGCCACCUCCAGGUGAUGCCAGACUAUCGACGUGCCGGACUGGGGGAGAUUCUGGCGAAGGCGAUGACCAAACGAAUUGCCGAGGAGGAUGACGGGCCGGUGAAUGCGUUCAUUGUGGACAAGAAUGCGGCCUCGAUUCGGUUGUUUUUGAAGCUCGGCUAUCGCAGGAUUGACGGAUCGAACUGGGUGCGGGCGGAUCAUCAGGAAUAGUUAGGAAAAGAUUGAGCUGUAGCGUUGAGUGUCGCACGAGGAAAUGUAUUGACAAUAAAGAGAUUUGCUAUUGAACAAAAAAAAACUUCUUUAAU